AUGGAUGGAAAUCAACUUGUAGUAACUUGUUCGAUUUCACAGAAUAAAAAUUCGUUCAUACCUACCUACGCCCUUAUUGAUACCGGAGCAUCAGGAUAUGCUUUUAUUGAUGAAUCUUUUGCACGCCACAACAAUCUCACCAUGACCCCCCUUAAAAUACCUCGCCAUGUAGAUGUUAUAGACGGGAGGCCUAUUACGUCAGGAAAAAUUACUCAUAUUGUCGAUGUUUCGCUGGAUAUUCAUGGUCAUCGAGAGAUAGCUCCAUGUUUUGUGACAAAGUUAGGACACUAUCCGAUUGUGAUGGGGAUACCUUGGAUGCGACGACAUGAUAUUACGAUUCGACCAAAAGAAAAUCUACUUGUUUUUGACUCUCGAAACUGUCAUCAGCACUGUUCAAUCAGUGGAACUGCAGUUAUUGUUCAUGGCAUCUCGAUUCCCCUACCGGAAUACCACACAGUCAUUGUUUCAGCAACUGAAAAAUCUACUGUCGACAUUGAACAAUUAGUACCGAAGGAAUUUCAUCAUCGUCUCCAUAUGUUUAAAGAAUACGAUGCUUCCAUUCUUCCACCCCAUCGACCAUCCCAUGAUAUUGAAAUAGUAUUGGAAGAAGGCAAACGACCACCAUACGGACCUAUAUAUGGAUUGUCUCAAAUCGAAUUAAAGGCACUACGGGAAUAUCUUGAUGAAAAUUUACCUAAAGGAUUCAUUCGAGCCAGCGAAUCACCAGCGGGAGCACCUAUAUUGUUCGUGAAGAAAAACGAUGGAACUCUUCGACUUUGUGUUGACUAUCGAGGCCUAAAUGCGAUUACAAUUAAAAAUCGAUAUCCGUUACCAUUGUUAAAGGAAACCCUAGCUAAGUUUUCAAGAGCAAAAUACUAUACAAAGUUGGAUUUACGUUGGGGAUAUAAUCAAAUCAGGAUAGCGUAG